UUAUUGUUGUUGGCGUAACUUGGAUUUGGAGUUGGUGGAGAAAGUCGUGUGUGCGAUUUUUUACGUGAAUAAUAUGUAUGUUGUCCAGUAUUUAAAGGAUUACAUAGUAGACGUUGUAUAUGAACGCCAGACAAUGUUGAAUGGGUUUUGUGACAGUCGUUUGGGACUUUGCAAAUAUACUCUGUUUUGCCAGUUAGCUCGCUAGCGUAACUUCCGCUUUUUGCUUUCGCUGGUCAGUACAAAAACAGACACGUGACAGCUUGCAAGUGUCACACUUUCUCAAGAUGCUGCUUUCAAAUGUGUAUGUGAUGCAUUUAAGUUUGCAGUGUGCGUAUGUUUUCAUUUAGCUAUCUAACGUUAGCUAGACUAGGGGUGUAUUCACUAGGACCCAAACGGAACGAAACGGAGAGGGACCUACCUGAAUGUGUCCAUAUAUAAAAUGUUGUUUUCGCUGUAAAAAGUUUUCCGUUUGGAGUAAAAGUUUUCCGUUGCAAAACGUUUUGGACUAAUGAUUACAACCCAGAUAUAGUAGCGCUGUUUUGUUCGCGCAUGUUCACUGUGAACUUUAGUCUAUUGUGUAUAACAGUGCCAGGCAGCAUCAUGUCACUGCUUAGCCUUGUGGAUGAAGCCAUCAAGUUGUGCGAAGUAGAGGAGACCAAGAUAAACGAGAACAUCAUUCAAUACAGGGAGAUACUGCGCUCUUUGAGACCACAGCAGGAAGACUGCAAGGAAAUAAAACUGACAGAUGAUGUUGAAAUGGACCCAGAUGUCCAACCGGAGGAGAGACAGGAGAUGGAACUGCUGAAUCGAAUGCUGGAGAAGGCCCUCAGAGUUCGUGUUGGCACAGCACCCCAAAAAGACCCUCAGAACUGUACAGGACCAAAGAAAGAACCAGUGGACACUACACAUUGCAAAGGAAGGGCUCUGACCCCAGGUGGCACCAAAGGGAAUAGAAAUGGCUUUAAAACUACCUCCAGACCCAUCACGGUGGACAAAAAAGAGUCCAGGAAGUCUUCUGCGUCCCAUCUCUAUAGGGAUGGAAGGGGGAGGAUGGGUCAUCUGGUAGGUCAUUCAGGACAAGGCAGGGCUAGCAUGAUCAGAGGCUCUGUCCAGAUCCAGAAACAAUCUGUCGUGUCACCAAAGGGGUUUCAUCCCCAGUCCUCUGGGAAAGCAGUGAAGCAGGCUGGUCCUCCAGGUCCUGUGUCUAAUGAUCAGGGUCAAUCACCACAGGCCUCAUCAGCACAUCAUCAGGUUGAGGUGUCCCACAGGUGCAUGUCAGCUGCAGCCACUUCCUUCCAGCCCCCUAACGAGGACCCGGUGUCUGUUUCACACAUGGAGGGGACGCCAAAAGCACAUGUCGUUUCACCUCCACAGAAUGGGGUUCCCUCCCAGUUGUUAACUAAAUGGAUCAGUCUAAGGACCAAACAAACCAGGUUAUGGGACAAGGUCCUGGCUCAACAAUCCAAACCUGUGGCGGAGAGGAGUCACUUCAUGGAGAGAGUGAAAGCCACUUUCCCCAGAGAGUGGCCAACCAGUGGCAGCCCGGCCGACCCCGGGGCUCAGGUGGACAGACUGACACAGCUUUGCACGGACCUGAGUCAUUGCUACCAAAGCGAGCGGCUGCUGCUGACUUGCCAGACCUUCAGAACCACUGGCACUGAGCCAGCAACAUGCCAGAAUAGGGAAUAUGAAUCCUUGCUGAUGCUGGAAGGCCUGGAGAAGAUGGUGGCAGACCUCCUGAAACGUGCUGGACAGCUGAGAAAAGAGCGGGAGGCAUGGGAUCGAUGGAGGAGGCCGAAGAGGGAAGGAACGGGAGCGUUCUGCCCCGUCAGGAGAAGGGGCAAUUGGGGUGACCUGAGUGGGGUGACCCCCUUGCCCCCCACCCUGACCUACACCAGCCAGGCAGAGCUCCAGGAGGUGGAGAGGCUGAGGCUGAGAGUGGAGCUGCUACAGCAGGAGGUGCACCUGCAUCAGGCUCUCUCUGACACCAUGGUUAUGCUCUCCGCUCCUGGACUUCCCAACCCCGCCGCGCUCCGUGACAUUUACUCCCUGCUUGGAGAAGGAGGGGUGAUGUUCCCUACUCUGGUCCUGGACACGGAACCUGACUAAAGGAACAGGUCAAAGGAACCGAACUGGCCAAAUCACCUGGGUCAUGUUUAUUAGGGCACACAAUGCAACGGAAAACAAAAAUGAACGUUUCUAAUUGGACAAGUCCAGGUAGCCCCUCCCUGUUUCAUUCUGUGUUCUUCCGUUUGGUGCCUAAUGAACACGACUAAAAAAGACUAUUGAAGAAUAGACCAAGGAAUGGAAUGUCUUAGGAGGGGACACUGAGAACAGAGGAAGAAGAAUGGAGAAUCUUCUGAAAAGAGGGAUUUUUGUGUGUUGGAAGUGUUGAUCUGUGUAUUUAUUGGAGUGAUUGUGUAUUGAGAAUGCUGUCUGGUUUAUGUGAGCAUUUUGGUUUUACAAUCAUUGUUCCUUUUUGUAUAUUGUAAGACUCUUUUAUAAUUAGAUUAAAUUAUUCAAAUGUAUGGAUAUUGAAAGAGUUACUUUUCUCCAUUCGGUAGUCUACAUCUACAAAUGUGUAAUAAUAUUUGUUUAAUCAUUUAAAUAAAAACUAAG